UCUCCCUUACCACCUCUUCCGGCCUCCUCGGUCAAACCGCCUUUCUCUCUCCUACUCUUCUCCCCCUCCCUCUCCGGCUCUCCCUCUCCCUCUCUAAAAAAAAAGUAGCGCCCGGAGAACCGAGAGGCUGCAGAAAGAGAGGCGGAAAGAGGCAGCAAAAUCUCACUUUGUUGAGAAUUCUUUCCUCUGUUCUUUUAGUGUUCUUGGUUGGUGGAAUGGAAGCUCGGCAUCCCCAUUUGUGCCCCCGAGAUCUUCGUCGUUCCCCUCGUGUGUAGCCUUUUGGAAGGUACUCCAGUCCGCCCACCCUGCUGCUGCUUCGCUUUUGGGGAGAGAAGAGGAAGCAAAUCAUUUUGUUUCGGAGACGUUGUCCACCACAGUUCAGUUGAGAUAGAUUACUGACAAGCAUGGCCGGCACUGGCAACCAUGGAUCCCUCAUGGAGGAAUGGUUGCCGCCCCCCACACCAAGCCCAAGAACACUCAUGUCAAGCUUCCUGAAUGAAGAAUUCAGCUCUGGUCCAUUCUCUAAUCUUUUCAGUGAACAUGGCACCAACAAGCCUCAUGAUCAAUGCGAAAAGAGCAGAGAACUUGUGAGUUUGAGCGAGGAGGUGCCUGCUCAAGCUGUCAAAGACAGAUUUCAAAAGGGUUUUUCCCUGGAGCCAAAUUUGUUCAGUGCUACUCAGAAAUCAAACUCACAUGGUGGUUUGGCGGAGCGCAGGGCUGCAAGAGCAGGUUUCAGUGUUCCAAAAAUUGAUACUUCUCGAGUUGGUUCAUCUGCAGUUAUUCGGUCACCCGUGUCAAUUCCACCUGGUCUUAGUCCAACUACACUUCUUGAGUCACCUGUUUUUCUUUACAAUAAGAUGGCACAGCCUUCUCCAACUACUGGCACAUUGCCAUUUUUGAUGGCAACGAGUGAUAAGUCAACAAUAUCACCAGCUGCUAAGAUAACUGAAGAUUCUACAUUUGAUAAUGAUGUUUUUUCUUUCCAACCACACUUGGGUUCUAAACAACCAAGCUUCUCUACCGCAGAAAAGAACUACGGUACUUAUCAUCAAAACCAGUCCUUGUCGAAUAUUCAUCAGCAGGAAUCCAGUCUUCAGUCAAGCUUUCCUGCAGUUAAGGAUAACACUAAUGCAACAAUUGUUAAAGCGAAGGCAUCUGACUCCAUGUUUGACAAUAGUCACUAUUCAGCUGACCGAAAGCAAGAUGAUGGGACAAACCAAAAUGUGCAAGGCGAAGGUGUUGAGGCUAGAACAGCUGCUUGUGUUCCUGUAUCAACUCAUGGUGAUGCAUCUCUAAUGGGCUCUCAAGAUGCAGUUGAUGUCUCAUCAACGCUGUCUAACGAGGAGGAUGAGAGGGCAACACAUGGCACCGUUUCUUUAGAAUGUGAGGGUGAUGAGGAUGAGACUGAAUCUAAAAGAAGGAAGCUGGAUGCUUUAGGGACUUCUACUAUUACUACUGCUGUUGCCACCAGUACCAUCGACAUGGGAGCUGCAGCCUCUAGAGCUGUCCGGGAGCCUAGGGUGGUUGUUCAGACCACAAGCGAGGUUGACAUCCUUGACGAUGGGUAUCGGUGGCGCAAGUAUGGUCAGAAGGUCGUUAAAGGCAAUCCGAAUCCAAGGAGCUACUACAAAUGUACGCACCCUGGCUGUUCAGUGCGCAAGCAUGUGGAAAGAGCAUCCCAUGAUCUGAAAUCAGUCAUCACAACAUAUGAGGGAAAGCACAACCAUGAAGUUCCGGCAGCCAAAAACAGCGGGCAAGCCGGUUCUAGUUCUGCCGGCACUACAUCUGCCUCACAAGGUAGUAGCUCUCACCGUAGUCAUGAACCAGCACAAGCCAGCUUUGCUCAUUUUGGUGCUAGCCCUCCUUUUGGUUCCUUUGGCCAUUUGGGACCAGCAACGGGCAGUUUCCGCUUCGGGAUGGUUCCACCGGGCAUGGCGAUUCCGAUGCCCUCUCUAGGAUCUCUUGCUCCAACAAAGAUGGUUGGAAAUUCACCAGCUAUGCAGGGGUACCCAGGCCUCAUGAUGCCAGCAGAACCGAAGGCAGAACCAGUGUCGCAACCGGGCUUCCCAACAGCAAAUGCAGCCCCAUCAGCUUACCAACAGAUGAUGAGCAGGCCUCUUUGGUCAUCAGAUGUAAAUAAUAGGAAAGAGGAAAAGGGAUAGAUUUGCUUCAGCUUGUAUACAUGAUAGUGACGCUGCAACAUUGCUUUGUUCUAGUUUUUUCCCCAUCCUGGUGCGCAUUUCUUUCAAGCAAAGAAUGCUGAGGAUAGUAUCUUAUGGGUCAUGUAAUCGUCGAUGGAAAUUGGAAAUGAAUCAAUCAAAACUUCUGGUUGUGAA